AUGCCGAACGACUUCUCCAAUAAUUUCACACAUUCGAGUACUUCCCGCUGUGCAGCGCAAGCAAUAAUCGACGAACACACACUCGCGACAAUGUCCAUGCCCACACCGCGUGCAUUUACAUUCCUCUGUGCUGAGCUUGACACCAUUUCGAAUAGCGGCAGCAGUGGCCAUUGCUCACCCCUCCUGAGCCGAUUCAUUGCACCUCUGAUGGAACGUCGAGGUCAGAGCAUGCAUUGUGCAUGUACAGACACGGCUUUGCUCGCUGCCCAAAUCAGCUCGUUCAACGCUCCGAAUCUCAACCCUGUCAAUCUCACAACCUGUCUGACAAGCACACGGUACACACGCGCAACUCGGCUCGCUGGGACUGAGCGGCAACCAAGGCGUGGUGACGAAGGCUACAUCAAUCAGCUUGAGAACGCAUUUAUUCUUCCGUUGCGAAUUCUGCCUGCGAAGUUGAAAGACGGAUCCUGGUUUGUCUAUUACCCGAUAUAA